UUUAUCAAAAUGUACGGAGGGCAUAAGCACAGAAACGUCCUAAUAAAGACGUUAAAUCUGAAAUCUCAAACGGUGAAAGGUGUUUUUUUUCGUGCCCGAGUCUGACAUAACGCCUAGUACUAGUUAAAGUAACCUAUAGGAGAACUAACACGAGGUAUAACUAGUAUGAGGGAUAACUAGUCGGAGAUGACGGUGUAUCGGUCUGCAACACGCACGCAUCUUUGACAUGUUUUUCUCGCACGCCCUCGUGCACGCGCGAGCAGCACCACCUGUGGCGGAUGAGUCACGUCGUCAUCAGCGGCUGACCUCCUCGGUGUCGAAGGAGCGGAAUCCAAACCCGCGAAGAUCAUCCCUCCGCGCGACAAGGCGGGAAGUCUGUUCCGCAGGCAGCGCGCCAAACAUUUAUCUCUGCGGCGUGCGUCCACGUGCGUGAUUCAUCUUCAUCUGCUGCCCACGCGGGAAUCAAAGGACGAAAGGAUGGAGACGCGCCGCGGUUUAGAGUGAGAAAUGUUCCCGCCCAGUGGUCGCGAUACGGUCGGUGGCUCGAGACGCGCUGUCAGGAGGUCGCUGUGGUGAAAACGGUGUAGAGAAGCAAGCUUUGUGGAUAUCUUCCUCGCUAGGGACCGUUUGGAGGUCUCGUGGUUCGCCUCUACCUCUUGGAGGUUAUAUUUCGCGGGCUAUGACAACAGGUGACGGACCCCCCGCCGGCCGGUGACUGAAGGGUUCGAGUCCCCGCGGAUAUCGCGGUCCCCAUCGCGCGCUCUUCUCUCUGGAUACAUCUUGGAGAUCCUGUUGGUGGUCGGUGUCAGCGCGACUUUGCGUGCGUGCGUGCGUGCGUGCGUGUGUGCGUCCGGCUGUGUGAGAGAGAGUGUGUGAGAGAGAGUGUGCGUGUGAGACUGUGUGUGUGUGUUUGAGAGAGAGAGAGAGAGAGAGAGAGAGAGUGUGUGUGUGCGCCUGGUACUCUUUGUCACUGCGAUGUCCACGAGGAAGACGUCGCCGACGGAGAACCCAAGUAGGAACGGAACGUCUAAAUACGUGCUCGAGCGAUGCGCGUCUGUCAACGAGUACUACGACAUCAGCUUCAAGGUGAUGCUGCUGGGCGACUCGGCUGUGGGGAAGACCUGCGUCCUCGUCCGCUUCAAGGACGGAGCCUUCCUGGGGGGCAGCUUCAUCGCCACCGUGGGCAUCGACUUCAGGAACAAGGUGGUGACUGUGGACAACCUGAAGGUGAAGCUCCAGAUCUGGGACACGGCCGGACAGGAGCGCUUCAGGAGCGUCACCCACGCCUACUACCGGGACGCCCAGGCUCUCCUCCUGUUGUAUGACAUCACCAACCAGUCGUCCUUUGACAACAUCAGGGCCUGGCUGACUGAAAUACACGAGUACGCUCAGAAGGAUGUGGUCAUCAUGUUGCUCGGCAACAAGUCCGACAUGGCGGCGGAGAGAGUCAUCAAGAAGGAGGACGGAGAGAAGCUGGCCAAGGAGUACGGCGUCCCCUUCAUGGAGUCCAGCGCCAAGACGGGAGUCAACGUGGAACUCGCCUUCCAAGCCAUUGCUCAGGAGCUGAGACACCGAGAUGCUCAGCAGCCCAACGAGCCCAACGAGCCCAAGUUCCAGAUCCACGAGUUCAUCGAGUCCAAGAAGCACAAGAACGGCUGCUGCACCACCUAGAGAGAGAGAGAGAGAGAGAGAGAGAGAGAGAGAGAGAGAGAGGGAGAGAGAGAGAGAGAGAGAGAGAGAGAGAGAGAGAGAGAGAGGCUGAACUGAAUCAUUGGUUCACAUCCCUUUAGAAGUCAGGGUACGAUCUUAAAGCCACAUCCGUCAGCCAGGUGAAAUAUUCGGUAACGAUUGGAAAAAAAAGUAUUUUAUAUUAACAUUCGACGACUGUUUCUCAGUGGUGGCCAUAGCGUUUUACAACCAAACUCUAAGAAUUAUAUUUCCAAAAGAAAGGCUGAGUUUGUCCUUUUUCGGCCUUAUUCCAGUCCUCCGUCUUUUCCUACGAGGAGCCGCCCUGCUGUAGAGUAGAGUCCGAGCCGUGGUGUCGCCGUGUGUGUGUCGUGUUAGCUAGUCCAGGACGGCCGGUCGGACACCCGGCUUCAUGCAGAAGCGCAACACAACCUUUGAGUUUCGUCUCUGCGUCCUGCUGGGGGUCUGAGAAGGUGGUCAGGUUAGCCAUAUACUCUCAAAGUGCCGGUGUUACGCCACCAGGUCAGAGUGGGGUCACGUUACAAGCCGUUAGAAAACCUUUUCCUGUGUGUGACCGGCUCAUUCUGUCCUGUAAUCAUAGUGUGUAAUAUUUAAACUGGUUUAUGGCUUAGAGUAGCCUGGACGUAUCUGUGGUCAAUGCUGGUCGAUAGUGAUUUCAAUAAUGUUAUCAAUAAAAUGACAUCCUAUAACUGAAUUAUUAUAAAAAUACAAAAUGCCGGCCAGCCCGUACAUGUCGAUCGGCACACCCUUAACCCCUCCCACUCACCCUUAACCCCUCCCACUCACCCUUAACCCCUCCCACUCACCUAA